UUGGCCGUUGGCGGUUUCAUUAACGUCGCGACGCUGCUGGUAAACGGUUCAUUGGUCGGCAAUAUCCGAAAAAUCGACAGGUGUGAAGAACGAAACGAACUCAGUUCUAAAAAUUCAAAUACACAAUGCAGUUGAAAAUUUAAAUUAAACAAAAAAUAUUUGAAAAUUUAUUUAAGUAAAGUAAACCCCAUAAAAUAUCGAAACGUGCAUUUACUGUGUUUACUUGUGUCAGUGAAUUGGUGUGUGUGAGUGUGUGUAUGAGCAAGUAAUACGAAAAUCGAAAAGAACAUAUUUGAAAAACAUACCUUAAAUAAAUAUUGAACACCGACCGAAAUUUAUUUGGGCAAUCAAUCUCCAAUGGCUGAUGACGAGCUGCUAAAUGAUUUGCAGGAGAUCACAAAUCCCUCAGUCCGACAAUCCGUCUCAUUGCCGGUGAUACCGUCCAGCGUGCCACCAUCAAUGUCCACUCAGCGUCCUUACAUACAGAUCAUCGAAGAGCCGACGAAUAAGAUCAUACGCUUUCGCUAUGAGUGCGAGGGUCGCACGGCAGGUUCCAUAGCCGGCAUGCACUCCACACCGACCAAAAAGACGUAUCCCACCAUCCAGAUUUGCAAUUACAAUGGACCCGUUGUUAUUCUGGUCAUCUCGUGCGUCACUGUUGAACAACCCUAUUUACAGCAUCCACACCAUUUGAUCAGCAAGGAUGAGGGAAGCAGCUGCAAAGAUGGUAUCUACAGAAGACGCUUGGGGCCCAACGAGCACCGCUUCGAGCUACAAAAAGUUGGCAUUCAAUGUGUCAAGAAAUCUGGAGUACACGAUUCGUUGAAGAAGCGAAUGGAAAAAAAAAUUGAUCCAUUUUCAGCUGGCUUUAAUCACUUGGAAGACUUGACCAGACUGAAUUUGUACCAGCUGCGUCUGUGUUAUCAGGCGUACAUCAAGGUGGACAACAACUAUGUAAGCUUGGACCCCGUCGUCUCUUCGCCAAUCUAUGGAAAGAGCAACGAGCUGACCAUCACCAGACUCUGCAGUUGUUCUUCGAAGAUGAGCGGUGGUGAUGAGAUCAUCAUGCUCUGCGACAAGGUCUCCAAGAAUGACAUUAGGAUACGUUUCUUUGAGACCAACGACGAAGGUGACGUAGUCUGGGAGGCUGAUGCCACCUUUCAGAAUCAGGAUGUUUACAAACAGAUGGCGAUUGUUUUCCGAACACCGCGUUAUCGUAAUCCCGAGACCCAGAAAGGCGUUCAGGUGGAGUUGCAGCUGGUUCGACCAUCGGAUGGAGCGACGAGUGAACCUCGACCCUUCGAGUACUAUCCCAAUCCAGGUAUGCUAACAUUUGCGCGUCUGCAGCGCAAGCUAAAGCGUAAGCAGGAGCUGGACGUGUUCCAGCAGAUACUUUCCAUAGAUAGCGAGACCACGGCCACGAAAUAUUCGUGUCCACCUGUGGAUCUCAACGAGGAUGAGAAUACUGUGUCAUCGGAGGAGCAACAGAGCUCGGAAACUCUAAACGAUUUCGAGAUUGCUGUGAAGAAGUUGGUGAUGCGGCAACGUGGCGAAUCGGAGGCGGAUGCCACGGCCACCGAGUAUACCGAUGGUCUGGACAAUGACAAUGAUCAGGAUCCGGAUAUGGGUAUUGAGUUGGAGGUGCCACAAUUGUUGCCACAGCUGGCGGAUGAUUGUACACAGACCUCAACACCCAUGGAGGAGAUACUCCAACAACCACAGCUGCAAUCGCGUCCUUUGAGCAAUGUGGACAAGAUCAAUGAAUGGAUGAAGAGCAGCGAGUUCGAGAGAACCGAUAGCCUCACCGUCGAAAACGGUGACACGCCCACUGUCUCCCACAGCACCGCCCAAACGGCGUUCACCAUAACGAAUCAGCUGGAGGAGGAGGAGGAGGAGAAGGAGCAUCUGGAGGAUGGUGAUGCCAACGGCUCACGACGCGAUACACUCGACAAUGCAAUUCUCAAGGAGUUGCCCGCUGGAGAAGAGAUGCUGCCCGCUGGAGAGGAAUCGCUGCCAGAGCCGGAGGCGGAGCCGGAGCUGGUCAGCGCUAGUGCCCAAGCCUCCGUCGAUAUAGAUGAGAACUUUGAUGAGACAGCUACGUAUACGAGUCUACAGAUUGCCUACAAUCAUCCUGUGGAGAUGCCCCAAAAUCGAAAUCCCGAACAAUCCUAUCAUGUCACCAAUCCAUUUAGCCAGCCGGAUGAGGCCGAGUUAGUGGUGUUAACUAAUCCGCCGGCGCCCAGGAUAAAAGUGAAUGCUGCACAGACGCCAGCAACUCCACCCUCUUCCCCACCCCUGCCGCUACCACCGCGCACACCGUCCCCCGAUCCCGAUCAUCGAUUGCCACCACUUCCUCCCAAGCCACGACACUCUCAAGACUUAAGUGUCAGCGAGUGUCAGAGUGUGUCCAAUUCCGUAUCGUUGAGUCGGUCGAGGAAUGGGAGUGUCAGCUCCACAAGGACCACGCCCUCGCCGAUAAUCAUAAUGCGCACGCCCGAUCAGAGUCCCACCAAGAGAUUACCCAUGGGAUUGCCCAGCACAUCCACAUCCAAUUCAGCUUCGGCCUCGCCCAAGAAACGUCAAGGAUUCUUCUCCCGAUUGUUCUCGCGUCGUCGCAGCCGAGCCGAGGAUGAGGAGACGCUCUCGGUGAAUGGCAAGCAACAGGAAUUGGGCUCGAAGGCAACCACGCCCACUGGCAGCCGAGAGCCAAGUGUGGCUCACUUUGCCUUGGGAGAUACCAAUCGCAGUUCCAUUAGAUCUUUGCAGCCACCUGGCUUGAGUCCCAAAAACAGCGUGACACGUGGUGGACGUCCAGUGGGUCGUAGUUCCAGCAGUGUUUCGGGCAAACGACCCGCCCACCUGGAUGCGGAUGUCAUCCACAUCCCACUAAAGGGCGGGGAUAGCGAGAACAGUCUGCUGCGUCCCGAGAGCUAUUCGAAUGCCAGCACCUUGUCCUAUGGCCGUCCCUUGGAUCGCAAGACGUUGAGCACAUUGCAAUUGGCGGAUAUACCCAUUAGCGAUGGCAAUAUGGAGCUGGUGGCCAUUGCCGAUCGUCAGAGCAUUAAGAAUUUAUGUGAGGGCGCCUACGGAGUCAUACUCGAUCCCAGCGUGGAUCUCUCCGAGGCGGAACAUUUUGCACUCUACACGAGUAAAUCUCCAGAGCCGGAGCGGGAGUUGGAUGGUGGCGUUGGGGGCGUGGUGAUUGAAGGCGGAGAUUUCUUGAGUGCGGAUGAGAUUGCAAGGCGUCUGGCCGAGGCCAAUGGGCUGCAGUAAGAGCGAGACAACAAAAGGAGAACGAGA